AUGAAUAUGUUCUAUUAUCCUCUCCUUUCUGCGCUUGCGGUAUGUUCUUUUGCUUUACCGUCACUCGGAGCCACCGGCUGCCCCACGGGUCUGUCGCUCUGCUCACCUCCAGGCGCAACGAACUCUCACACCCCGCAAAUCGGUAGCCCCGACUUCGAAAACCUCUACACCGACCUCCUCCAUUCCCCUCUUCCCUUGUCAACGCGCUCUGGGGCAGAAGAUGGCACUGCCUCACUAUGCUGCAUCACCUCUCUCUCCUGCCUCGCGAUGCCGACCCUCGCACUACCUUUUUGCUACGACAAAUUCACCACCAAUUUCUUCCUCCAGGACACAAGUUUUGGGACCCUGAGUUUGGGAACGUAUACCUCUCGCUUGGGAGACUUUGCAAACUUUAAGACCGGGGAUUAUACUCUGACGAAUGGGACCAAGGGGAAUAUAUAUAGCGACAACCCCUCUGCGAAGCCGAAUACCUCGACGCUUGCCAUUCCAACACAGUUCACGGCAUCAGGUGUUGGACCUGUGAUACCCGCCAGUGCUUUGGGAGGAGAGGUGACCAUCACCUAUGUGACGACGUUGCCUGGGAGCACAGUGCCUGCAACCACCAUACCACCCUCUACGCAUUCCGAGAGUGUUGCGACGCAAACAAUUCUAUUUCCCGAGACAGUUACCACUACAAUUUCCGGUACAGCAACGCAGAGUAAAGUAGCUAAGACAUCCUUUGAACUGUCUACAAGUUCUGCGACGACCAUUGAGGGGACAACGAUCAAAGGUACAACGUUACCGGGAGCAGUUACAACGGUCACAACUACGACGAAGGUUGCAACGUCAAGUUCGGAUGUGGGCACGACUGCUUCCGCUUCGAGUAAGAAGAGUACAGCAAUCCGGCUGUCGAUUGAAAGCUUGAGUAUCAGCAGUAUAUUUGUGGUUGCUCUCGCAUUUUUGAUCGAUUUUUAG